AUGGCAACAGCACAGUUGUUACGUCUUCCCGAAGUGCAGUCUGGCAUAGAAUCCGAUUUCCUCCUCCUACCUUGCGAUCUCGUCUGUGAAGUCAAGGGUACAUACCUGCUACAAAUUUGGAUGGCGUCUCAAGGACAGAACGUAAUGGCCGAGGAAGUAAAACACCGUCGAGGCGGCCUUUGUAUGUACUAUCAUGCAGAAGAUGCUGUAAAGGAUGAGUCGUUGGAUCUGGUAGCUGUUGAACCACUUCGGCAGACCGAGGGACCUGCAAGGUCAGGUCACAGGGUAUCGAAACUGCUCAUGUCUAUGGGGAUGGAUACUGUGAAAAGCAACAUGGAACACGAUAAAGGCUUUCUUCUUCGUCAUUCCUUUGUGAGGCGGCAGGAUACACAGGCCAAAAUGUUGACUGGCUACCGUGAUGCACACCUCUACAUUUUCCCCUACUGGGUCAAGGAUCUCGCACGACGUCAGGAAAGACUAGUGUCUGUUAGCGAAGAUCUCAUUGGGCUCUGGGCCAAGUCUGGGUGGCAGCGUGGACUACAUGAAAAGCUAGGAAUGGAUACUUGUUUGGGCCAGCAGAAAGAAAGUCAAGAGAACGACUACCGGGAAUUGAGCACUGUCACCCACCAAUCACCACAGAAUGAUGUCUCGGAAGUACCACCUCUCCUGGCAUAUCUGCAUACAGGAUCUGCACCACUUGUCCGUCGUAUUGACAAUCCCGCUCUUCUCCUAUCAACUUCCCUUCGUCUAGCCAAACAACAAUCCAUUGAGGAGGUCGACCAUGCGGCUAAUCGAUCCCCAUUCGCCCACGAGAGAAAGAUCGCCUCUCCUGAAUGUGUCGCUUCAAACUGUUUUAUUUCGAAGGCCGACUGUCUCCUUGGAUCCAACGUGAUCGUUGAGAAACGUUCUGCUAUAAAGGAAUCUUGUAUCGGCCCAAACUCCAAGAUCUGCAGUGGUGCCCGAAUUACGAGAUGUGUCAUUCUUGAUAACGUUGUCAUUGGAGAACGCUGUGUGUUAAUUGGAUGUGUGGUUGGGAGCGGUAGUUGUAUUGGCAAUGAUUCGGUGCUUAAGGAUUGUGAGGUUCAAGAGGGGAAUGUUGUUCCUGAAAAAACUGAGGCUAAUAACGAGAAGUUUAUGCCACUUUUUGAAGAUCUCGAGGAGGAUGGCGAGGGUGAUGUUGACAUAUCUGUGGACAACUAG